AUGGCGUCUCGAAGCCUGGCGUCCUUGGGCAAGAGUUCGUCGUCAUGGAAGAUUCUUGACCUCUUGAAGAUCCAAUCGCUGCCGAAACCAUCGCGGAGUCCCUCUGCGUCCAACAUCAAUGCGCUAGCCCAAAUCACCCAGAAUGCUUGCAAAUGUUGCUGUUGUGGCACCAUAUUGGCAUGCAACGAGGAUACCCCAAAGUUCCAUUGUGUUCGUUGUGGCACAACCAACAUCUUCUCCGACUUCGAUGCGGCGGAGGUGCCCACAGUGCCGCCAAUCGACUAUAAUUACGUCAAGAAGCAAGUUGACCAGUGCAUGGCUGGCCCACGCGCGGAGAAUAGCCAUGAGCUUCACGAAAAGUUUAAGCCGCUCCUUGACUACUUGCUUGAGGCAUUUGGCUCCAUCAGCUGCCUCAAUCACUCGUUCAAGAUCAAGAAACAGAGCAAACGUGCCCACUACUCUACAUGUAAUAUCAAUUUGGAAGAGGUUCGCCGAACUUUCAGCUUGUUAGCACAUCUUCCCUCCAAAAGACCACUUUUCUGUGCCUUGACUGGCGUUUGCAACGCACUUAAGCGGUUACCUAUGACCAUUGUGGAUAAUCCGAGAAAUUUAUACUGGUUAAUGAUACUCUUAGAGAUUCCAUUCUUGCGGAGAGCCUUGACAAAUAGUGACAAGAAACCAAACAGGCAACCACAGUCUAUGGCCGAAGUCCCCGAAAUUCAGGCCCUUUGCUACGAAAUCCUCAAGAGAUCUCUUGGUAUCCUCUCCCAGACUGAUAUCACAUCUUCUGGAAAUUACUUUGCCAGUUGGUUUCUGAAGCUUCCUCGCUCAGAAUUCGUGGCAAAGGUUGAUCUCAUCAAUCUCUACAUCACCUUCCAUUUGAAGCGCUACUUUUACUUCGCAAACAAUCCGGAAUUGGCGAGGCGAGCAAGUCUGGGGUCUGUGGACUAUAAACGCCAGCAAAAAGUGCACAGAAGCGGCAGUAUUGUAGCAGAAGGUGAGUAUUUUGAGUGCAGCUACUUGAAAGAUGAAGUUGAAGAGCUCAACUUCAAUUCUGCUCCAUGGUCCAACUUCCAAGUCUCUGGAAACGUCAAUAGGAAAGGUGCCAAAAAGAAGGGUGAUGCCAAAGUUCGUGUUCAUCAAUAUUCGGGAAAUUAUCAUAUCCGUACUGCGGCUGGAGCUUUGGGAAUCUUUGUUAAAGCUAACUACAUUAGAGAUGGAGAAGACAAGCUACCCAUGCACUCAUUCUACAACUCAUUGGUGGACUACGUCAACAUCAAAUUAGAUUUCGAUUCCUGGCUGAGUAAGAAGAAGUUGAGUAAGUCUGAAAGUGGAGAACCUGAUAUCCAAACCAUCAUCGACUAUAUUCACGGGGGAGGUGCUCUGUUGGGAUUGGAUAAUUCCAAUAGCCUCCUGGCAUUCUACUUCUGCCAGUACCCCUUCCUCAUCACUCUCGGAGGCAAAAUAUCAAUCUUGGAGUAUGAGGCGCGCAGGCAAAUGGAGAGGAAGGCUGAAGAAGCUUUUAUCAACUCUCUAGAUAGACGUGUUGCAUUGGAUGUGUACUUCAAAGUGAGGGUUCGUCGCGACUACAUCGUCCAAGAUUCGCUCCGUUGUAUUCAGUUGAACCCUGCAAACUUGAAAAAAAAGCUUGAAAGUUCAGUUUAUCAACGAGCCAGGAGUAGAUGCUGGUGGUUUGAAAAAAGAAUGGUUCCUAUUGCUCACCAAAGCGUUGUUCAGUCCUAA